AUGCAAAUAAUUUAGUUGUUGAUUUAAGAUAUUAAUAAAGAAAUUUUCAUUUGUUUAAAAUAAUAUUUUGAAUAAGAAAAUGUAAAAAUUUAAAGUUUUUAAGAAAGGAUAGAUAAUAUUCACUUAACUUAUGAUAGUCAUAUAAAAUACAAAUAUGGAAUAACAAUAGAUGACGAAUUGAUUUCAGAUAAAUAUCAAAAUGAAUUUGAUAAUCAAUUUUAAAAAGCAUAUAUGGAAUGUGCUGAAAGAGGAUUUUGUGAUAUAUAUUGUGGUUGUGAUAUUAAUGAUUGUAAAAUAAGAAAAAAAGGAUGUCGUUGUAUUAAUGGAAAAUGUAAAACAAACCUUUGUAUUUGUUUUAGUUUAGGUAUGGAAUGUGAUCCUGAAAUUUGUAAUAUGUGCUAUGGAUGUGAAAAAAAGAACAGAUGUGAAAAUAAUGAAUAUGUUUACAGAAAAUAAGCAAGAACAGUUAUAGGUGUUUCCUCAGCUUGUAACGGUUUAGGAUUAUAUAAUACUUAACCAAUAAAUGAAAAUUGUUUAGUAGUUUUAUAUAUAGGAGAGCUUAUUAGUGAGGAUGAAUUAAUUAUCAGAGAAAGCUGGUUUAAAUCUGAUUAAUUAUAUAGUUUUAUUAAAAAUGAUUAUGAAAAACUUACUGACUCAAAGUUUUUUGGAAACAAAAUUAUAGAUAAAUAUUGA